CUGAAAUAAUAUUUCGAUUCAGAAACUAAGAUCAAUGGAUGCAAAUGAAUUAAAUGAUAAAGGUAAAAAGAUGAUUGAUUUCGUCUCAUCGUACUGGCAGACCAUCCGAUCUAGACGUGCACUUUCUGUCGUGGAGCCCGGCUACUUGGAUACAUUGCUACCCAAUGAGGCUCCGUUAAAGGCUGAAUUAUGGGAGGAUGUUUUAAGGGAUGUCGAACAGUUAAUCAUGCCAGGGAUCACUCACUGGCACAGUCCACACUUCCACGCUUACUUUCCGACAGGAAAUUCAUAUCCGGCCAUUUGCGCUGACAUCCUCUCCGACGCCAUCGGCUGCAUCGGCUUCUCCUGGAUCUCAAGUCCAGCCUGCACUGAACUGGAGAUGAAAAUGAUGAAGUGGCUCGGUAAGCUUAUCAACCUUCCAAGUCAAUUCUAUACUCCAACUAAUGCUGGAGGUGUUAUACAAGGAACCGCAAGCGAGGCAACAUUGGUUUCUCUAUUAGCCGCAAGAAGCAAAGUUAUCAAAGAUAAGAAUUUGUCAUUUCAAGAUAUCAACUCAACAAAAAUGGUUGUAUAUUGCUCUGAUCAGGCUCAUUCGUCAGUCGAGAGGGCAGUGAUGCUGUUGCUGAUGCAGUGCAGGAAAAUUCUUUCCGACAGCGAGCACAGGAUGAAUGUGAAAGCAUUGUCAGAAGCAAUAAAAAAGGAUUUAGAAGAAGGACUGACCCCAACCAUGUGUGUAGCUACAUUAGGCACAACUUCAACAUGUUCUUUCGACGAUUUGACGGAAAUCGGAAAAAUUUGUAAUGAACAAAAUGUUUGGAUGCAUGUGGAUGCAGCAUACGCCGGAGCAUCAUUUAUAUGUCCAGAGUAUCAGUAUUUGAUGGAAGGGGUCCAGUACGCCGACACUUUCAAUUUCAAUCCACAUAAAUGGAUGCUGAUUAAUUUUGAUUGUUCUGCUCUCUGGUUUAAAGAUAGUUCAUUCAUGGUCGAAGCGUUCAAUGUGGAUCCAGUGUACCUUCAGCAUGUUAACCAGAAAGUUGUACUUGAUUACAGACAUUGGCAAGUACCGUUAGGUAGACGCUUUCGAUCUUUAAAACUUUGGUUUACAAUGAGGUUGCUUGGAGUGGAGCAACUUCAAAACCACAUAAGAAAGAGCAUAAAACUUGCCAAAGAUUUUGAGAAAUUGGUUUGUCAAAAUCCUGAUUUUGAAGUUGUCAAUAAUGUCAUUUUAGGCCUGGUGUGUUUUAGAAUGAAGGGAGACAAUUCAAGAUCGAAAAAAUUAUUAGAAAAAAUAACAGCUGAUGGCAAAAUAUAUCUUGUACCAUCUGAAAUCAAUGGUGUGUAUUUUAUUCGAUUUGCUAUUUGCUCCUGGUUCACUAACGAAGGUGACGUCAACGAAGCCUGGAGCACCAUAGAAAGCCUAUCGAAAGAUAUCUCUAUGCAAGAAACAUUUUAACACUCAACAAUAUUAUCGUGCUGAUAUUUAGGCUAUGUUAAGUUAAGUUUUAUCCACCUUAGGUCAUGGUAAGACUAACUUAUUUAAAAAAAAAUUUUGCUGUUGAUAGUUU